AUGCUUGAAGAGAUUGUGUUGACAUGGCAGGUAUAUAGCAUGCUGAAAGAGUCUGUGUUGGCAUGGCAGGUAUAUAGCAUGCUGGAAGAGCUCGAGUUGGCAUGGCAGGUGUAUAGCAAGCUAGAAGAGUCCAUGUUGGCAUGGCCGGUAUAUAGCAUGCUGGAAGAGUCCAUGUUGGCAUGGCAGGUAUAUAGCAUGCUGGAAGAAUCUGUGUUGGCAUGGCAGGUAUAUAGCAUGCUGGAAGAGUCCAUGUUGGCAUGGCAGGUGUAUAGCAUGCUGGAAGAAUCCGUGUUGGCAUGGCAGGUAUAUAGCAUGCUGGAAGAGUCCAUGUUGGCAUGGCAGGUGUAUAGCAUGCUGGAAGAAUCCGUGUUGGCAUGGCAGGUAUAUAGCAUGCUGGAAGAGUCCAUGCUGGCAUGGCAGGUAUAUAGCAUGCUGGAAGAGUCCAUGUUGACAUGGCAGGUAUAUAGCAUGCUGAAAGAGUCUGUGUUGGCAUGGCAGGUAUAUAGCAUGCUGGAAGAGUCUGUGUUGGCAUGGCAGGUAUAUAGCAUGCUGGAAGAGUCUGUGUUGGCAUGGCAGGUAUAUAGCAUACUAGAAGAGUCCGUGUUGGCAUGGCAGGUAUAUAGCAUGCUGGAAGAGUCCGUGUUGGCAUGGCAGGUAUAUAGCAUGCUGGAAGAGUCCGUGUUGGCAUGGCAGGUAUAUAGCAUGCUGGAAGAGUCCGUGUUGGCAUGGCAGGUAUAUAGCAUACUAGAAGAGUCCAUGUUGGCAUGGCAGGUAUAUAGCAUGCUGGAAGAGCCCGAGUUGGCAUGGCAGGUGUAUAGCAUGCUGGAAGAGUCCGUGUUGGCAUGGCAGGUAUAUAGCAUGCUGGAAGAGUCUGUGUUGGCAUGGCAAGUGUAUAGCAUGCUGGAAGAGCCCGAGUUGGCAUGGCAGGUGUAUAACAUGCUGGAAGAGUCUGUGUUGGCAUGGCAGGUGUACAGCAUGCUGGAAGAGUCCAUGUUGGCAUGGCAGGUAUAUAGCAUGCUGGAAGAGUCCGUGUUGGCAUGGCAGGUGUAUAGCAUGCUGGAAGAGUCUGUGUUGGCAUGGCAGGUAUAUAGCAUGCUGGAAGAGUCCGUGUUGGCAUGGCAGGUAUAUAGCAUGCUGGAAGAGUCCGUGUUGGCAUGGCAGGUAUAUAGCAUGCUGGAAGAGUCCGUGUUGGCAUGGCAGGUAUAUAGCAUGCUGGAAGAGUCCGUGUUGGCAUGGCAGGUAUAUAGCAUACUAGAAGAGUCCAUGUUGACAUGGCAGGUAUAUAGCAUGCUGAAAGAGUCUGUGUUGGCAUGGCAGGUAUAUAGCAUGCUGGAAGAGUCUGUGUUGGCAUGGCAGGUAUAUAGCAUGCUGGAAGAGUCUGUGUUGGCAUGGCAGGUAUAUAGCAUGCUGGAAGAGUCUGUGUUGGCAUGGCAGGUAUAUAGCAUACUAGAAGAGUCCGUGUUGGCAUGGCAGGUAUAUAGCAUGCUGGAAGAGUCCGUGUUGGCAUGGCAGGUAUAUAGCAUGCUGGAAGAGUCCGUGUUGGCAUGGCAGGUAUAUAGCAUGCUGGAAGAGUCCGUGUUGGCAUGGCAGGUAUAUAGCAUACUAGAAGAGUCCAUGUUGGCAUGGCAGGUAUAUAGCAUGCUGGAAGAGCCCGAGUUGGCAUGGCAGGUGUAUAGCAUGCUGGAAGAGUCCGUGUUGGCAUGGCAGGUAUAUAGCAUGCUGGAAGAGUCUGUGUUGGCAUGGCAGGUGUAUAGCAUGCUGGAAGAGCCCGAGUUGGCAUGGCAGGUGUAUAACAUGCUGGAAGAGUCUGUGUUGGCAUGGCAGGUGUACAGCAUGCUGGAAGAGUCCAUGUUGGCAUGGCAGGUAUAUAGCAUGCUGGAAGAGUCCGUGUUGGCAUGGCAGGUGUAUAGCAUGCUGGAAGAGUCUGUGUUGGCAUGGCAGGUAUAUAGCAUGCUGGAAGAGUCCGUGUUGGCAUGGCAGGUAUAUAGCAUGCUGGAAGAGUCCGUGUUGGCAUGGCAGGUAUAUAGCAUGCUGGAAGAGUCCGUGUUGGCAUGGCAGGUAUAUAGCAUGCUGGAAGAGUCCGUGUUGGCAUGGCAGGUAUAUAGCAUACUAGAAGAGUCCAUGUUGGCAUGGCAGGUGUAUAGCAUGCUGGAAGAGUCCGUGUUGGCAUGGCAGGUAUAUAGCAUGCUGGAAGAGUCUGUGUUGGCAUGGCAGGUGUAUAGCAUGCUGGAAGAGCCCGAGUUGGCAUGGCAGGUGUAUAACAUGCUGGAAGAGUCUGUGUUGGCAUGGCAGGUGUACAGCAUGCUGGAAGAGUCCAUGUUGGCAUGGCAGGUAUAUAGCAUGCUGGAAGAGUCCGUGUUGGCAUGGCAGGUGUAUAGCAUGCUGGAAGAGUCUGUGUUGGCAUGGCAGGUAUAUAGCAUGCUGGAAGAGUCCGUGUUUGCAUGGCAGGUAUAUAGCAUACUAGAAGAGUCCGUGUUGGCAUGGCAGGUAUAUAGCAUACUAGAAGAGUCCGUGUUGGCAUGGCAGGUAUAUAGCAUACUAGAAGAGUCCGUGUUGGCAUGGCAGGUAUAUAGCAUGCUGGAAGAGUCCGUGUUGGCAUGGCAGGUGUAUAGCAUGCUGGAAGAGUCUGUGUUGGCAUGGCAGGUAUAUAUGACUUGGUUGAUGCAUGUCAUCGUUUCGCAAUUGCGCGUAUCGAUGUUCAUGAUGUCAAUCACUGGAUUGUCUGGUCCAGAUUCGAUUAUUUACAGACCGCUGGAAUAUUGGUGAGUGCGGUGUUAAGCAACAAAUAAACAAAACAAAACUUCAUUUGACGCCACCGUUCAUUAACUUAUCAGAAACAUUAGACACUGUUGAUUUUGCUAAGUCCUCUCAACAUACCUAUUGAUAUUGAUAUUGCACUUUAAAUUGAUACUUCUUACUUCAAACAACAAACAUCUAUGUUAUUCCUCGUUCCCAGACUGCCCCUGUCCCAUUACUUUUAUUUACAUGAAAAAAAUGUCACACUCGAAAUCACAGUCAUGGAAAGUUCUCCUUGAGAAUACGUGUACAUACCUUGUUAAGGUCUGUUUGGUGGUGUAAAUAUUCAUGUACUCACCCUCAGCUGAAAUCUAGCACUGUCCUGUAUCUGGCUACCUCAACUCCCCCUGAUACACAGGAUGCUUGUUCUAUACACUUCUUAUACACUGUUGGUUUUGUGUCUUGAUGUAACGUGUGUGACAAUAUCAGUAUCACUUAUGUCAAAAUAAUAUUCACUUCCAAACACGUCAUGCAAUUUGAAUUUGCAUUUAACUGAUACUUGCAAAUUGUAACCGUGAUCCAUACAUUCUGUACAUAUCCCAUCGACAUGGGACUCGCUGUGCUUUGUCUGUUGAAGGGGAUCAAUGCCUCACGACACGGUUUUAAACGAUGCACAUAUGUGCAUCCAGUAAGCUCAAAUGUGGAGAAUGGACGCCAGAAAAAGAAUAUACUGCGUCCCCCAGGAGUCAUUGUACCCCCAGCGCACUAAGAGCAGUAAUGGGCGUCUGUUAUUACAUCCAUCACAUGGUCACUGGUUCAUUCCAUGCUUUUAAAAAAAUAAUGUAAACUACACCAUUUCAUUACGCUGUAAAAGGCGACUAACGGGAUCGGGUGGUCAGGCUCGCUGACUUGGUUGAAGCAUGUCAUCGAUCCCAAUUGGAUCGAUGCUCA